AUGGUUCAGCUGUACUGUCCUUUCCAUUCUCCCUCUAUUCGCCUGACACUACUAGUCGCCCAGCUUGCAGAAAGGCUGAUUGUGGGCUCGUGUGCCACAAUGCCGCCUUCUGUGAGAACUCGACUGUUGGUAGGAGGUAACAAGUUGGAGGCCUAUCCAACGUGA